AUGGCGACCACUCCUGUCCCGUUCAAGCACGAUGCGCUUCAACCUGCGGGUGCCAGUCCCCAUUAUCGUGGGCCUUGGCGCAAGUGCCUGGCCCAGGAAACACAUGGUCGGUCAUCUCUCUCUCUCUCUCUCUGCCAGACCCCCAUCAUUUUUACAGCCCUGCAAGCUGACCUUGAACAACUAGGUGCCGACGGUACUGAUGAGCCCGCCCGGCUCCAGGCCCUGCUCAGCUACAGUCUGCAGUAUCGUGCUGCUCUCCGAUCCAUUGCUGAUAAUGUCUUUCAACACGUCGAAACAACCGCUGGCCUCGCACCUGCCGUCAUGGAAGAGGAGGCGCGGCUUGUGCAGGAGUUUGGACACUUGGAAGAAGCUUGGCACCUGUGUGAAAUUUUCUUUCCGCGAUCCAUCCUCAUCCAGCAGGCGGGUGGCUUCAUCAUUCCCCACCUCUUGGAGUGGCUCAACCUUCACUGCACCGAGCUGGACCGCGAGCUUAAGAGCAUUCUCCAACAUCAGACACAGCUUAUCGACCAAAAUGCGGCCUAUUGGACCACGCAAAUGGUAGCUGCAUGGACAGAUCGUUUCGACGCGUAUCCCCAAGCACAGGAGCUGUGUCGCAUUCUUGCCGCGGAGGCAGGCUCCGCCUCAUAUCUAGCCAAGUUGUUUCCCAACUGGCUGCAUCAUGUCAUCGUCUAUGCACAGUAUUGGCGCCCGCUGUGUCGAAUCGGAGAGAUUGAGGAUUUGCUUUUGGAUCUCGGUCUACAUGUUGAUGAAACAGACUUGUACUUGAUCAUUUUGCAGCAAGAACCGGAGCAGACCAUCCUGUCCCUCCUGAGUCACUUUCCAACAUUUUGGAGCCCCGCCCAUCUGGCCGAUCUUUUGCAGCGCUCACGCUGGUUUGGCGCUGCCCCACGCCGCGGCGCCCACAACAUGACGCUACGCGAGCACUACGUUAUCUCCUAUGCGCUGGAAUUGGCGCGAGAAGACACCCUUUGGCCGCUGGCCGCUAGUUAUUUGGCAAGCUGUGGCAGCGUUGGCCAGGCCACGUUGGUGGAGGUGCUGGAGUCUCGCCCUCAGCCCUCGCUCUCUGCGGUCCGCAAAAGCAUGGCACUGGCUCGCAAGCACGGUCUAGAUAUCACGGCCAAACGCAUUGCCAUUUGCGAAGCCAAGCGCCGACAGAAUUCGGGGCAGUUGGAUGUAGCUGUUCAAUACUUUUUCGAGGCCGGCGAUUUGGACGCCGUCACGCGGAUUGCGGACGCCAUGCUGCGCACCUACGCAGCCACCGGUGAAUUGGACCCCACAGACUUGGCGCAACGCUUAGGACCUGCUGUGCUGCAGAGCGAGCGCCUCACUUUCAUUGCCAAAUAUAAGGAAGCUUUGGCUCUCAUUGCCGAGAUGCACUACGAACAAGCAGCCAACAUCCUCAUUAAUGUGCUGUCAAAGUCCACCAUGGCUCCUCGAUGGUUGCACUUGCAUGUUUUAUUGGACAUGCUUCCCAUUUUGGAGCAGCCAGAUAUUGUCUUUGACGCUGAGCAGACGCAAACUUUGAUGCAAUGCCUUCAAGAAGUCGAGCUCUCCCAUAACUUGCGUGAAUACACCCGCUACCUCUUGGCAAAACAGCCUUGCCACGGAGAGGAGGGAGAGAAGCUGGACGAAGAUUGGGAUAAGAUCCCCCUCGAUCAGCUUCGCACGCAGCUUGCCACCCUUCUUGAGCCGCUGCGCUUGGCCCUUGCACGUAACUUGGCGCGUGCCCUCGUGGUCUCCCGGUGAGGUUUGGCAUCAAAAUUUCUUCACAUCUUAGUGUGAUGUUUGCCCGUCCCCACCCACAGUGAUGACU